AAACAUCUUCAUUGUGUUAACAUAUAAAGACUGAGAAAAGUAGGCAUUAAAGCAUCAUUUCAUUUCGGUUUUUUGAUAUCUUUAGCUUUUGCAUUCUAAAAUGGCAUCUCCUCCUUCCCUGCAUAUUCCUAUUAGGACUGUUAGUUUACCAUCUAGAGAACACCCCAUUUUGCAUAAAUUUGAUGCAGUACUUAAUCACUUAAAAACAUGGCAGAUAUUAUCAGAAUCAGAAACAGCACCUUUCGGAGCGGAGAGUAUCCAAAUAGGCCUAGUUGGUCUUGCAGAGUUGUAUAACUAUGUUGAUGAAAUUAUUCUUACUCCGCAUUCUCAACAAGCUAUUUUUCGCUAUCGAAGUGGAAAGCUAGUAGAAGAUGCUCUUGAUGGGUCAUUGACAUUGCUAGAUACAUGUAGUAUUGCGAAGGAAAUAAUUGUAAUGAUAAAGCAACAUGUUUUAACCCUUCAAUCCGCUUUUCGCCGCAGAAAUUCAAGCAUUGGAAGUAAUAUUCAUACAUAUAUUCAUUCAAGGAAGAAUGUACAAAAAGAAAUCUCCAUUUGCCUUGGAGCAUUGAAGAAAUUAGAAACCAAAGUUGGGUGCUUUACCUUUUCUGAUGCAGAUCAACCUGUAAUGGAGGUUGCAAGAGUUAUAAGAGAAGCAAGCAAUAUCACUAUAUCCAUUUUUAGAUCACUUUUGCUUUUCUUAUCAAUGCCUGUAAUGAAGACAAAAGUUGGAUGGUCAUUAGUUUCAAAGUUAAUGCCUUCAAGAAUGUCAUCUUCAAGAAAAGGACAAAUGGUUAUUAAUGAAGUCAAGAGUUUAGAUCUCUCUCUUUUCUAUCUGAGUGAGCAUUUAGGAGCCAACAAUUCAAAAGAUGAAAUGAAAAAGAUACAGAAAAUGUUGGAGACUCUAAAUCUUAGUCUUGAUAGCCUUGAGGCUGAAUUAGAAUGUAUGUCUAGGUGUUUAGUACAAAAUAGAGUCUCUUUACUUAACAUUCUCACCCAGUAGUGAUUGGUACUGAAAUUUUGUAUAUCACAAAUUGAUGAUGGCAUAUAUCCAUAUUUUAGAGGGUUUGCUGUUCUUCAAAAUCUCAACUUGUACAAAUUGAACUAAUAAUUUUAAAGAUUUCUAUUGUUGCCAAUUUUUUGGU